UCGUUAUUGCAUAUUUGCAUUUGUUCUCGGAGCAAUAAACGCGCUGUAAACCCUAACAAUUUCAGUGAAGAGGUCGUUUCCAAUUAACAAUUUUUCGAAACUUUUGUCUUUCAUCGCUUUGGUUUAGACCUGUACGUACGUUUCUGAAUCAUUUCCUCCAAUCUGUGUUUUUUUUUUUCCCUAAAUUCCGAUAGCUGUAGCUGUAUCUCGAGCCUUAGGGUUUCGUGAAGUUAUGCAUUUGAACCCCUGAGAUUCGCAAUGUCCUAAAUGCUUAGAUCAGACUGAACUGUCCGUGCAUUCCGCAAACGUGACCCUAAGUAAAAGUAAAGAAGUUGGAAUACAAUAUGUUGUUUUGAAAGUGCAAAGGCCGUUCCUUUUUGUUUUUCGGUUUUUAAUAUUGUAGGGAUCUGAUAGCUCUUUGCUUAUGCAAUAAAGUGACUUUGAGAAUUGAACUUUGAGGGGGGGAAAACAGAAAUUUGGGCUGUGAAAAUGGAAGAGGAGAUGAAGAAGAAGAGAAACAAGAAAAAGAAACGGAAGCAGAGCAAAGCCACGGAAGAUAUCGCGGUUGAUGCUGGAGAAACAGCUUCUUUGGACCAGAAUCAUGAGAGUAAUGGACAGGAUGAUAAUGGUCAAGUUUCUGAGACUGCAGAUGCUCAUAAUCAUGUGCAAAAUAUAAAUGUGGAUCCCAAAGGUCAUCUCCCCAACGGCACAGAAGGGUUCAUUUUAGUAGAAGCUGAGAAGCAACAGUGGCUCCAAAGAGCGGUAAAGGCUUCCUUGGAAGAGACGGUCAAAGUGUUGCAGAAUGAAAAUGAGUGGCAUAUAAAAAAAGAGGCUACCUUAGAAGAGACAGUCAAACAAUUGCAACAAAAAAAUCAUUUGUACAUACAGAAAGAGGCUUCCUUGGAAGAGACAGUCAAAAUGUUUCAGAAUGAAAAUGAGUGGCAUAUAAAAAAAGAGGCUACCUUAGAAGAGACAAUCAAACAAUUACAACAAAAAAAUCAUUCUUACGUACAGAAAGAGGCUUCCUUGGAAGAGAGAGUCAAAGUGUUACAGAAUGAAAAUGAGUGUUAUAUAAAAAAAGAGGCUACCUUAGAAGAGAAAGUCAAAAAAUUACAACAAAAAAAUCAUUCGUUCAUACAGAAAGAGGCUUCCUUGGAAGAGACUGUCAAAUUAUUACAAAACGAAAAUCAGUCACAUAUAAAAAGAAAGGCUACCUUAGAAGAGACAAUCAAUCAAUUACAACACGAAUGCCAUUCAUACAUACAGAAGGAGGAAAGUUUAGAGGAAAAAGUCAAACACUUAGAGAGGGAGAAAGGUUUUUGGAUUAUAAAGGAGAAUUCAACCAAAGAAACACUUGCAAACCUGCAUGGUGAUGCUGCUAAACUACAGGCACAGGUGGUGGAGUUGGAAGAAUUCAGGAGCAAUCUCCUCCAAGAAAACCAACGACUGAUGGACAUCAUAUCUGGUUUGCAGUCACAAAUCCAGAACCUUGAGAGGAGUACCUCAUCUACCAGCUUAUCAGUUGACCUCAAAAUGCAUGGUUCUGAGCACGAGGACUUGAACUCCCAGAUGGAAGGAGCGCUUGCACUGGUUGAAAAAUUGAUGACAGAAAAUGCAGAGCUCGUUGAGAAGGUAAACAAGUUGUAUGUUGAGCUUGAUCGACGAAUUACAACAGAUGGGCUUCCUUCAGCGACUGGGUCUAUUCAGAUGUUUGAGACCACUGAAACUGCCAGCAUUGACCCCAUAUUGGAAUCCAAUGAAAAUUUGUCUCUAGCAGGAAAGGAGUUGGAGUCAAACAAGAUUGUUCCAAUGAAGAUUGAAAAUAUUGGGAUUGAUAAUGUGGAUUUUGAGCAUGCUGCUGUGAUCCCCACCUCUUUAGCAUCUGAAGAAACUGGAGAAAUUGUGCAAAUUUCAAUGGAUGAAAACGAAAUCCAGGAUACAGAGUUGCAGGCUGCCAAUAAUGAUGAAAAAACUGCUGUGCCACUUUCGGACUCUCCCCUGGUUGGUGCUCCUUUCCGGUUAAUAUCUUUUGUUACUAGAUAUGUUAGUGGCGCAGACUUGGUCAACAAAAACUCUAGCCAUUAGCUUUCUUAUCUUAACCUGAGCGUAAGACUGGCUUUAUCAUUCUUUCAUACUCGGAAGAAAUGUGUCAUUUAAUGAUCAAAGCAUUCUUUUUUAUAAGUAAAGAAUAAUGACCAAGUAUGGAUAUCAUUUUUUUUUUAAUCUUCAUUUGAAUAGAUUGAAUCCAUUAAUCUGAAGCGAAUAAAAUUAGAUCUCUUUUUAUUUA